AUGCCAGCACCGGCACCCAGAAACUUUCCGCUCAGUGGCGCUGCACGUGCUCCCACACCUGCAGAAAAGAAGUGGGUUGAAGAUGAGGUGCCUGAGCUCAAAGGGAAACAGUGGGCUAUUCUCCUACCCUCGGAGGGCAACACUGCGUGGAAGUGCCUCCACUGGGCACUGGAUGUUCAACCGAAACCCGUUUUCCCCGAGUUCCCCGAUGCGGGCAAUGAAUGGAUAGCAAAUGACCUGUGGUAUGAGGACAGUGUUCUCAUCCAGCGUUUUGGCGAAUACGGAUUUCAACGGACAACGAACGCUGCCGAAGCAGAUGUAGACUGUUUUAAGACUGCCCAAGACAACUUGACGCACUUUUCUCGUAAACUCCCCAACGGAACUUGGGUGAGCAAGCUAGGAAGCGGUCCACUCAUUGUGCACGAACGCGACGCUUUAGACGGUAGCGAGUACGGUCGCCGAACCAUCUUUUUCAAGUACAUCGGCGGCGGCGUUUCAACCCAGAGCUUCUCCGUUGCAAGCUCGGCCGGGAUCAUGGCGUCUGCUACCCAAAACGAGCCAACUUCCGAAGACGAUCAGCUGGUACAGAGCUUCGCCAAGUUGGCUAAGAAGCCAGCGCCUCGUCCCUCUAUUCCCAAGGGUCCUUCCAGGACACCGAUACAGAAGCCAGCACCUGUGAAGAAGCCAGCACCUAGCAAGCCGAGUCCUCCAGCUCCCAAGAAGCCUGCUCCUCCAUCUACUACCCCCAAGGUCCCUGCUCCUGCACCUACCAAGCCGAAACCUCCGCCAGCACAGGACAACAAGCUCAAGCAAGACUUCGAUAGAAACUGGCAGGAUUUCCUAAAUGCUCUCAAGAAGCCUACUAGCCAUUCCGACCCAUUCGCAUUGCUUGCAAAACCAGAAUGGCAGAAGAUCAAGAAGCAGGGUCAAGGUGUUCUUCCUUUCCUCGUGGAUUUACUGCGCACCAGCAAACUAGCGCAUGUUCUUGUACUGUGCAUUUUCGAUCUUGAUCCCAAGCAGAGGACCAAGGGGACCGUCGAUCAAAAGAAGGCCCAGAUCCUUAAGAACAACGCGGCCAAGACCCAACAGGUCAGUGCCAAGGUGGGCGCUAUGUCAGUGCAGAGCAACAGUCUUCUGAAGGCCGGCUUCGAGGGCGCGAAGCUCACGGCCAAGCUUCUGAACGACCCGCUGUUCCAGCAGAUCAUCACUGAGGGCAUCGACGCUGUGCCGCAUAUCCUCGACGCCUACUCCAAGGACGGUAAGCAUGGGGUUGAGUUGUACACUGAAAUGCUCAAGCAGAUUCAUGAAAUCCAUGCCCAGAACGCCGACCCGGAUGCCCAGAAGCAGGAGUUCGAGGACUGGCUUGAGGACUACCUACAGCCUCAAACCGACUCUGAGGAACACGAGGAGCCGGAGGUUGCUGGCGAGGAAGCCGGAGAGCCCGCAGCAGAAGAAGCUGGUGCUGAGUCUUAA